AUGGCACAAGUGUCAAAUCCAAGUGACGAGGUUGUUCUUGGCGAGGAAAUCGGUCAUGUAAGAAUGAUUACCUUGAAUCAGCCUCGACAACUAAACGCUCUUUCAUUGGAAAUGGUUACUUUGGUAGCGAAGCUUCUGGAGAAGUGGGAAAAAGACGAUAACGCAGAACUUUUACUAAUCAAGGGAUCUGGCCGUGCUUUCUCUGCUGGAGGGGACCUGAAAAUGUUUUACGAUGGAAGGACUUCAAAGGAUCCAUGUGUUGAAGUGGUAUACAGAAUGUAUUGGCUUUGUUACCACAUCCAUACCUAUAAGAAAACACAGGUUGCUUUAGUUCAUGGGAUUUGCAUGGGCGGAGGUGCAACAUUAAUGGUCCCAAUGAAGUUCUCUGUUGUGACAGAAAAGACUGUUUUUGCUACUCCAGAGGCAAGCAUUGGAUUUCAUACAGACUGUAGCUUCUCAUACAUUCUUUCCCACCUCCCGGGUCAUCUAGGGGAGUUCUUAGGGUUAACUGGCGCCAGGCUGAGUGGUCAAGAAUUGGUUGCAGCAGGGCUUGCCACUCAUUUUGUCCCUUCUGAGAAAUUUCCGGAGCUGCAGAGUCGCCUAAUAAGUUUAAAUAGCGGCGAAGAGAAAGCUGUCAAAUCUGUGAUUGGGGAAUUCUCUAUAAAUGUUGAGGUCGAUGAAAAGAGUAUCUUGAGCAGGAAGGCGAUCAUAGAUGAGUGCUUCUCCAUGGAAACUGUGGAAGAGAUCUUAGCAUCAUUAGAAGUUGAGGCCGGUAAAGAAGGAAAUGAAUGGCUAGUUCCUUUCCUUAAAGGGAUAAAGAGAUCAUCACCGACUUCAUUAAAGAUAACCUUACAGUCGAUUCGUGAAGGAAGGAAGAUGAGAUUAUCCGAUUGCCUGAAGAAAGAGUUCAGACUUACUAUGAACAUUUUCAGGAGGGCAAUAUCUGAUGAUGUGUAUGAGGGUCUUAGAGCUGUUGCAAUCGACAAGGAUAAUGCACCAAAAUGGGAACCCUCGUCUCUUAAGGCCGUUGAUGCAGAAAAGAUCAAGCAGGUUUUCGAGCCAUUUGAAAAAGAUUUGGAGCUCAAUAUUCCCAUAGGAGAUGAUUUCAGGUGGCAAGGAAAAUAUGAAGAUUCACCAUAUCCAAGGUCUCAGGCGUCGUUUAUGGAGGCAUGCAGCUUCCACGACCUGACUUCACUUUACCGGCGUUUUAUUUCCCACUGCAAUUCUAUAUCCUAUUACGGAUUGUCCAAGUGUCAAGUCGCUUGUUUCGACAACGCCGGCCGCUAA